AUGCUUUUGGAGCUUUGUGGCAAAGAUUUUUUAAGUCCUUUGCAGGUUGAAGUUAUGGACCAGUCAAUCAGAUUAUUUAUUGCUAACCAAACUGCAAUUUUUGAUCACAUAAAUACCUGGCUCUGCAGUCCAAAUCAUACCGCUGAAUACCGUAAAAAAAUGGGUCUUCAAAACAGACAUUGGCCUUUGAGUGACAUUGAAAGGGCAAAAAUUUUAUUUGCUCUUUUAAAAGCCGCAGGUGAGCCAUAUGUUGGGUUUGAAAAGCGUGUUUUCUAUAAAGAUCUUGGAAUUUAUGAACCAGCAAAAAUAUUAGAAUAUUAUUCUGAGCGAUACAAAGUUAAUAAAAAUCGGAUUACAAACAUCAGUACACGAUUGUUGACAACAAACGGCAAAAGUAAUCAAUUUUGUCAUGGUUUUCAAACUGAUGAAGAAUGGAGAAUUGAUCAACUGAAGAUGUGGGCUGCUAAAAUUAAGGAAGGCUUACAACAUGAUCCUACUUUAUUGAUCGAAAGGCGAGAAGUGGCCAAAAAGCUGUUGAAUUUUUCUGGAGAUCAAUCUGUCUUAGAAUUAACUCGUCCAACUGAUGUUUUUUUUGGAGCAGUGAUUAAAAAACCCCACACACCAGAGGAGCUAGAAAAACGUAAAAUGGCUACGAUGUACUACACCAUACUGGCAAAUCUGGGUCCUGAAAAUAUUGAAAUAUCUUUUUCAUCAAUAGAAGAAUCCGUUUAUGGCUCUAAGGAAAAGUAUUUUGACUCUACUGAGCAUAUUCGAAGUUCAAUUAACAAAUUAUUGGGGGAAAGAACUGAUGGAGUUGAACCGACUUUUACAACUGACAGCCUUAAUUUUUCUAUUGAGGAAGAAUUUCACCUUGACGAUGAUGAAUCCAAUGGCACUGACAUUGACCUUAGUCUUAACAAUAAUAUUAAUAACGAUGAAGAUUGCUUGAGCGAAAUUUUUGAUAAAAACUUUUGUUUAAAAGAAGACGCAGUUGGUAUCAUUGAAAAGAUUUCGGCUAAUCACCAAUCAACAUUUUUGGAAAAAAACGAUCCACAGGAUAUGGAAACAACAAAGUCAAGCGUCUGCGAUACAGACAAAUCUCAUACUUUUGAACCCAAAACUUUUUCUGAAGAUGAAGUUUCUGAGCUUUUGUCUUCAGUUGUUAAGAUGAUUCUUCUUCGUUCUAAUAAGGCUUCUGAUAUUGGAAGGCUUCCAGCUAACAAAAUUAAGAAAAGAUAUGCCAAUGAUUUUUGGACUAGAGAACCCCAGUUAAGAACUCUCCGCAAAGGUUUUCUUCAAUACAUCAAGGACGAAAAAAAAUUGCAGGCACGUUUUUCUGUUCUUAAUAAUCUUUGUCUUAUGUUUGAGUGUAAUGAAAGUUUAUCAUUCAAACAAGCUUCUAAAUUUAUUUUAAGACUUUCAAAAGCUCAUGGUCAAUCUAGAACUUUUACUAAGGAGGUUCUGAGCAAGAUAGAAAAAAUUUGUUAUUUGACUUUCCAUACUGGAAAACUUGACCCAAAAUCUAAGCCAGUUCUUGCUUUUACUAGAGAUCCAAAAACGGCAAAAAAAGCAGGAAUUCUGUCUAAAAAGAAUAGUGCACUUAAAGGAUGUCCCCGUGCAACACCUGGAGAAAAUCUAAAAGAGUUGUUUCCUAAUGCAAAAUUUAUUGAUUUUCCCAAUGUCAAAAUGAUACGUCGUGGUGACUGGACUACAGGUGAUGAGGUUGUUUAUUUUUGCGCAAAUAGAUGUAUGGCUUUUACUGGUGCAUACUAUGAUUUGGCUGAAUGUAUUCAGUGUGGCCAUCCGCGUGAUCCAAUGUAUCGAUUUUAUUAUUUUUCACCUCGUGAAAAAGUCAGAGACUUUUUUGAAAAUAAGAUUUUGGCUAGGAUAAUGAAAGAUGCACAUAAGCGACAAAGUACUGACGGUUCAAUAGAGGAUUUUUUUGAUGGAAAGCUUUAUAAACUUCUUUCACAAAAAAAAAUUCAAAACGCUCAAUUAGGUGAAGAUUAUCAAGAAACUAUAUCGCUAAAGUAUUUUGAAAAUGAAACCGAUUUAGCAUUUAUGAUCUCAUUUGAUGGCGUACCUGUGGAGUUUGGAAAUAAUUCCUACAACAUUGUCGUUGCCAGAUGCUUAAAUUUACCACCGGAAGAGCGCAAUAAGCAGUCAAAUUCAAUAAUAUUAAUGUCUUUUCCUUCUGGUGUUAAUCCUAUUGCUAAAAAAGAGAAAUCCGCCGUAAAGGACUGGGACUCAUUUUUUUUCCCUUUCAUUAAAGAUAGUGCAUUAGCCAGUACAUUAGGGUACACCGUUCAUGAUGAGGACGAAGGGAUCAUGAGAACUGUUAGGCAUCAUUUUGUUUUAUCUAGUACAGAUAUGCCGGCAAGCUGCGAGUUGUCAGGGUUGUGUGGGCACAUAUCUGAAUCACCUUGCAGAUAUUGUCUUGAUGUAAAAAUAUCUACACAGUUAGAGCCCACCCCCAAUAUUGUUCCUCCUCCUACCUUAAGAAAAGGGUCGGCAUCCAAGAAAAACUCAAAAAUUAAAUCAGCUUUCAGAGUCAACAAAAACAAAUCUUCAAAUCGAGUUAAAGGUUUGGUUUCAUAUAAAAAUCCUACUUUGAUUUUGCCUAAAACUCAGACAUCUCAGGACUCCAAACCUCGUGAUAUUAAGUGGUAUAAUAAGAUUUAUAGAGAAGUCUUAAAUGAGGAAGCAAAAGCUGCCCCAGAUCGCAACAAAUUCACUAAACAGGGGUUAAGCCGAAUUUCAACGAUAUUCUGUUUAGGGUCAAUGGUACCUGAUAUGUCAUUCCCGCCUGAUUUCAUGCAUUUAUCGUAUGCAAAUGUUGGAAGUAAACUUGUAAAUACUAUUAUUUAUGGUAAAGACGGCCCUUAUAAGUUUAAAUCAAAAGCAGAGGAUUCUAUUGUCAAGUUUAUAGAAAGUCUGAAUACAUUAGACUACUCAUUUCUUCAAAGAAAGUUUGAUAUUGGUGCUAUAAAAGAAGGAUUUAAAACUUCACAUUCAGUGAAGUUUAAAGCAAAGCAAGUCAAACAACUUCUUUCUAUUUUGUUUGGAAUUGUUAUGAAGUCUCAAUAUGAAAUUGAGUGUCUUGAAUACCUGGUUCUUGUCACAGAAAUGGUGCAUCUUUUAAGAUUACUUUCCUUGCCAAGAUUUUCCGCAAACUUACUGAAAAGGUUAGAACUUGGAAUUGAUCCUUUUCUUAACUUUUUUGAAAAUCUUUAUUUAAGAGAUAUUGAAAAUCUAAACUUUUUGACAUUGCCUUUGCACACAUUGCGGCAUAUGGCCCAGGUGAUUCAAGAAGUUGGUCCAGUUAGAGCGAUAUGGUGUUUCGCAACUGAAAGAUCUUGCGGUAUAUUGAGAACUCAAAUAAAAUACGGAAAGGCCCCUCAUCUUACUCUUUCCAAUCGUUAUAUUUAUCAAUCAAUACUUAACAGUCUUUCCGGAUCAGUAUGCGAAUUUUCAAUUGGUGCCAAGUUGCCUAGGAACCUCAAAUCUAAGCCACAAACUGAGCUAGAAAUAACAAGGCAAAUUGAAGUUACUGAAAUGAUCAUGAAAUAUCUUGAAAAUGAUGAGCGAAGUCUGGAAGCUUGUGGUGGAUCCCAUAAUAUUAAGGCUAAGUUUUACAAAAGGAUCCUUUUUUUUCAAAGAGACCUUUCUGCGUACAUUAACAAGUAUGCACGGAUCAAAAAUAAAAACAACUCUUCUAGUCAUGUAAUGAUUGAAGAUAUUGUUGAAAUUGACUCUUUGGGUCCAGGAAUUCCCACCAAGUUUGCUGUGGUAAAGGAAUUUCAAAUUGGUGUUGUGAAGCCUCGCAAUUACAAACUGCAAUUUUUUGGAAGCAGUGAUAAUAAUAGUGGCUAUUCGAUUAUUGGUUAUUAUAUUGACAAUAAAGACUUUGUUCGUGAGCCUUCAAAAUUUUUUUCACCACUCUCUCGUGUUAUCGAAGUUAGAGAUGUUAUAUGCCCAGUUUGGCCCAUUAAUGAUGGAGAGUUAUCGAUAUUUGUAGAUCCAUCAUUUGUGGAAGAAUACAAAAGAAGCGAUGGUACAAUAGCCAGAAUUGAGGAAUAUGAUGAUGAGGAGGAUUUCAAUCAUGUUUGUAAGCAGUACACGAAUAUUUAA